AGAAGACCAACUUGGCUUCUGCAGAUAAAACGCAAACGAGAUUUUUCUGUGAGAUUUUAUUUUAAUAGUUUGUGGAGUGAAACGCAGAUUUGUGGAAAAAUGAAAUCCAUGUUGGCAAUCGACGCGGCCGAGUACAACGCGGCUACAGACAGAAUCAGCAAUGCUCUGGCAACACUGAGAGACGAAAUGAAAUCUCUUCGCCAUCAGGACGUUACGCUCAUGCGCCAGUUCAUCACCAUGAACGAUACCAUCCGCAGUCUCAGCAAGGAUCAAAAGACAGAGCGGACGCGCAAGAAGCGCAUGCGCAACCGGACGCUGGUGGCUCCACCUGUCCUGCCGCAGACGACACUCGUGCGUCAGCAGAGCGUGCCGCGGUACUGUGACGUCAUACCGGAAGUGCGUGAGAGGACGUGGUCAUGCUCAAGCGACGAAUAUUCGGAGAGUUCCCAGGACGAAUCCUUGAGUGACAGCAUGACGUCAUUGGCGGAAGAAACUUCGUCCGAUGACGACGACAGAAUGUCGUCUGCGAUACCCGUCUUCCGACCCAGAGAGCUCGCGCGACAAAGAUCGAGGUCUGACGAGACGCAAACACAGUCUGAGCACGAGUCGUCUGCUGUUGAAAAAGUGCUGCGUCACAAUGUACAGUUGUGGAAAGGGCGGCAAUCCAAUGUAGACAGUGACUCUGUGUUCGAGGACAGCAUCUCGGAAUCAGACGAGAGUUUAUGAGACUUGUAUUGUUGUUGUUGUUAUGUUCAUUAAGUGUCAUUUUCGUUCAUCGACAAAUGAUAAUUGCAUAUAGUUAUCACGCUAAACAAUAGACAGAUUUCGUGUUUGAAUUAUUUCACAACAAGUCUUCAGGAAAACAUAUUUUCUUGUCUUUUUGUGACAUGAUUGGACUGGAAUAUUGGUAAUAUUCCCGGAACCUCUUUCAUUUACUCAUUUUGCAUUUAAACUAACUUCUGUAAAUGUUGUAUGACUGAAUGAGUGUGUAUGCAUUUUUGUUGUUUGUGUAUGUUGUAUUAACAAUGGUUACAAAUAGGCCACAGUAAAAUGAAUAAGUGUGAUAUUAACUAAAAGUUUUUGACCCAAUACGUUUUAGAUCUAAAUUAAUGUAUAUAACAUUCACGUUUUUUCUUCAAUCAUAAAAUGUAUAAUUACAAAUAAUCAAUUUUCAUUGAUUGCAAUAUUAUUCGAAUUUUUGGCAAUCCUAUUCCGAGUUAGCUUAUAAAAGAAUGUUUCAUCGAAGUCAGAAAUGGUUUCAAUGAUUAAUCUUACUUGCAUCGUGUUUUAGUUAUACCGUCAGAGUAGCAAUUGAUUUAUUUAUAACUUCCAUGACCCUGUUUUGGAUUGUCAAUUGAAGUUGGUAGGAAACCUUCGAGAUUUUUGUUAAAAUAUCAGUCCGUUCUAUACUAAUGACUCUGUGGUCUAAAUGUAACCAACGGCAUUGUUUUCAAUACCGAAUACAUGUGCCGUACUUUAACACUUAAUAUUCGUUCCACGCCUGAAAAACAUCAGUUGAUAACAUUCUUGUACGACUAGAUCUUCAUCAGAGUUCUUUGAGUCACAAAUCAAGAAGCAAACAAUGUUGUGUUUACAUCUUGAACUUGACGCAUAUUCAAGUUAUCAUUUUUAUUUAUCGAACUAACAGAGAUCACAAUCAUGUCAUCAUGAUUUAACGAUAAGAACCAGGGGAUAACGGUCUAGUCUGUCAACAUAGUUAUCUUUCGGAUUACGAUCAAUAGUUUUUUGAUAAGUUUUCAUGUUAUGUAUUUCGACCCACUAUCGCAGACGGCGUUGCUUUAAAUACAGACAUAAUUAUAUUAUUUUGUUUGUUUGUGUCAAUUGUCGGUCAUUGUCUUAUAUUUAUUAUCAGUCUAUGUUUGUGUUAAUUAUUUACUGUUCGUUUUUUUUUAAUACGGCGCCAGUGUUUGUUAGUGUUUGAAUGUAUGAAAGAUUUCAAUGUAAACAUUAAUUGUUAACGUAUAUUCAUUUAUUUCAUAAGUCGACAAUCCCCAAAACACGGGAGCUUUAUUUUACCGUCAUUUAAGACAAUGAUAGUCCAAAAAUCAUUGAAGCCAGUAUGAACCACUAUUCUUAAUACACAAUACAAUUCAAUAUACGGUAGCUUAAAUAAAUACUUUUCAAUGUAAGUCAUUCAUAACAAAUUGUAUUGCAAUCACUCACUUAUGGUGAUUAAUUCAAAGUCUCGUUUUAUAUGAAGAAUAUCAUGUUAAAUUUUAUAGAACGAAACUAUUAAAUAUUUAUUUAAAAUUAGCUGUUUUAGUUCAUGACGCUUAGUCUUUCAGUAUGUCUGUCUGUAUUAAAAGCUAUGCCCGUCUGCACCAUAUCUGCAAAUUUUACUGCUCUCUUAAAUUAUUGUUUCGCAAAUACGAAUAAUAACAUGAUUCCUGUUUAUAUAACAGUUUUCAUGCUAAAAAUCUAUUUUUUCAAAUACGAACAAUAAAAGAUUCCUCU